UAUGCUUGUGUUGGAACAUGGUCCUAGUCUGACCAAUAAUGGGAAAUCCUCAGAGUAGAUUCGCUCCAAGAGAAACAAACUUGGAUGAUGAGCAUCCCCAAGUUCCAGGUACCGAAUCAAAUGUGGACGAUGGGAAGCCCCAAGUUGCAGAAGAGACAUCUUCACCAGCAGUUGAAGACAUUCCUUCUACCCAUCCCAAAACAAACUUGGAUGAUGAGCACCCCAAUGUUCCGAAAUCAAAUGUGGACGAUGGGAAGCCCCAAGUUGCAGAAGAGACAUCUUCACCAGCAGUUGAAGACAUUCCUUCUACCCAUCCCAAAACAAACUUGGAUGAUGAGCUCCCCACUGUUCCAGAAUCAAAUGUGGACGAUGGGAAGCCCCAAGUUUCAGAAAAGGCAUCUUCACCAGCAGUGCAAGACAUUCCUGCUACCCAUCCCCAUAAUGUCAUGAAAGCCCUGGAAGCAGACGCCAACAAGCCCGCAGAGAAGCGUAAAGCAGAGGCGACGGCUCUGAAAGAUCAGGGGAACCAAGCGUUCAAGAAGAGCAAUUACACACGAGCCGUUGAGCUCUACACACAGGGCCUGGAGCGUCUAAAAGACUUUGUGGUGCUGUACACCAACAGGGCACAGGCUUACAACAAAUUGGGAAAGUUUACAGAGGCAAUGGAGGACUGCCGGACUGCCUUGCAGUUGGAACCAAACAACGUCAAGGCAUUGGUGCACCUUGGCAAGGCCCAACAGGGACUGAAGGAUUACGAGGUGGCUGUUACGACUUACAAAGAAAUCACCAAGAUUGACGAGAAGUACGAAAGUAAAGUCGCAGGCUACAUUGCAGAAGUGAAUCUAGCCGAGUCCGCAGCCAAGUCUGAUAUGGAGGCUGAGAGGCUGUUGAGUGAGGGCGAUGUCAAAGCAACGGGCGUUCAUGAGAUCGGACUCGGUGACGUAACAGACAGUCAAGCAGCUCUGACCCAACAACUACCAGAUGAUCAACAAACGACUCAGUCUGGCAGUGGACAGCCUUCCCAGCAGGAACCAACGCAACAACCUCCGCCGCAACUACAGCCAAGACCAGAUUACCCACAAAGAAGUGAAGCCAUCAUAGGAAGCAUCAGCGGUAGCCAGAACCCUGUCAUUGUUGGUUCAAAUGAAGUAAAUAUCAUUUACAACAAGCUGUCAGAGGGACCAGAAACCACCGGACUCCAGGAAUCGGGUACCUUUGAGGAUUUGCAACAGGAAAUUAUUGACAACUAUGAGCAAACUGCAACAACUAUUCCUGCACAUCCUACACUGCAGUCACGUAAUGUGGGUAUUGAGGAAUUCUUUAUUCCACUGAAUCUCAGAAAGAACAUUUCAGGCAAAACGAAAUCAGAGAGGUUGGUCACAUUACUAAAACAAAACAUAUUUUUGGAUGAAGCACAAAAGAUAAUUCUCAAAUCCGUUGAUGAUUUGUUCAAUCAGAAAAUAGUUAAGGAAAUCAAGAUUCUUCUUUAUGGUGGGGCCGGGACGGGUAAAACAACCCUGUUAGUGAAAGUUGUAAACUCCUGCAUCACACUCAGUUCAGAACCCCUUCUCGGUAGAUUCGAUCUUGUGCUUUGGAUUAAGCUGAGGCAAAUGCAAUCAAACAGUGUCUUGGAUGCCAUAUUUGACCAAAUUCUACCAAUUGACACAAAACUGGACAAAACAACAGUGCAACGUAUCAUUGAUGGUAAGCAAUCACGCAUUGCUUUGCUGUUGGAUGGAUUAGAUGAAAUUCCGUCUCAUGUUUUGCAAUCUAAGGAGGGCGUGUACAGGGUUCAAGAUAUCUUACACAGCAGAGUCCUUACAAAAAGUUUUGUGUUGGUAACUACUCGACCACACAUGAUGGAAUAUGUAUUGGAGGGUAGCAACCCGUACGCAGUGGUUGAAACAUGUGGCUUCAGACCACAAGACAGAGAUCAAUAUAUCAGAUUAAACCUUUCUGAUGAUUCUGACAUGGGAGAGGCAUUGAUUUCACAUCUAGAGGACAAUGCAAAUCUCAAGGAGAUGGCUGUAAUUCCAAUCAUUUCCCAGAUGUUGUGCCUUGUUUGGAAGAAUGAAAAGUCAUUGCCUGAGAGAAUUACCAAGCUGUACGAAAAGUUUGCGGUUGUUCUUUUCAAGCGCUGCAAUAAAGAUAUGAAUGAUGAUCAGGUGAUGUUAAACUUGAUGCCCAUCAUUGAUGACUUGGGGCGUGUUGCAUUACAAGGGUUACUAGACUCUAGAGGGGAAAGACUCAUGUUCAAUGAAACUGAAUUUCAGGAUUGUCCGUCUUGCUUAGCUGAGGGUUGUCGUGUGGGUUUCGUUCUACGUGAAACGUUCACGAGUGGUCUGGAUGUAAAAGUGCUGGUCACUUUCCCCCACAAGUCCAUCCAAGAAUACUUUGCAGCAUGUCACCUGGUGAAAUUGCUACAACAAGAUGACGAAAACAAUUUCCGUCAUCAGUUGGAGCAGAUUGGAGAAGGAAAUGUUUUUGCGAUGGAAUACCUGCUGAGAUUUUGUUGUGGUAGAUCCAUGCAGGCUGCUGGUCUCAUUCUGGAUCACAUACAAGAGAUGCAAGGUGAUGAGAUGAAGCUGCAGAGAUUGGCUCGGUUGAUAUUGUGUGAAUCUGGUUCAAAAGAGUUGGCUACCAAACUUGUCAGACCAACUAGGGUAGAGUGUGAGAGUAAUGCAGACCUGAAAUCACUGAGCUACUACUUAAAGCGUGUCACUCCACCACUUAAAAAUACAGGCUUUUACAUGCAUGUAAGAAAGCAGGAUCUUAACCUUUUCAGGGAAAUUCUUCUGAGUGACAGCAUGGAGUCGGCUAAGAUGAUAUUUGUUCACUACAUGUUGUCUGAGGAGGAGAAGGAGGAUUUCAGUCCCCUAGAGAAAACAAUUGGUGUGAGGAAAGAAGAGCGCCGUGCUCAAUUACACAUUAUGUUUUACAUUGGGGAAAAGUCGUUGUUUGACAUGGGGCCUGCAUCGCACAGCUUUUUGCGCAUGCAAGAAAAAAUCAUGCCUAGUUUGUCCAUGAUAAAAGUAAGACCAGAGGAGGUUGUUGAUGUGUUGCAGGUACUGGAAGAAUGCAGGUUUAAUUAUCUCUACCUGCAUAGUAUCAACCUGCAUGGACAGUUGCGAGAUGUCCAUAUCUUGCCAGCCAUUGGCACCUUGCACCUCGAAAAGUGCAGGUUGGUCGAUGAUGAUGUGAAGGACCUGAUCAGCAUCCUUCCUGCUGGGCGUGGUUUAAUAGGGCUUACCCUUGAUGACAGUGCAUUCAGUUUGGAUGCAGUGAGGGCUCUCAUCGGUCAUCUCCAAGGUUUCCCAAAGUUAUGUCGGUUGGGACUUCAUAACAUCGGCCUCGAUGCUCAGCUCAUCAGACAAGUUGUCAGUCAAGGCCUCCCUCACCUGAAGGAAACAGCAGAGGGAGAUUUCCGAGCCUAAAUAAUCUACCACCAAGUCAUAACUCCCACCCUGUGCCCUAUGAAUGCACCACGUUCACAAAGUAGCACGUAUCAUGGGUCAUUUUAUGUAAAAUCAAUGCUCUGCAACCCCCUCCCCUCCCCCCCAAAAAAACCCAAUAAGUUAAAAACAAAUAAAAAAAUAACAGCAAUCAAUAACAACAAAACUUUAUUUUCAGAGGGCAAUAAGAGGCUCGAUAAUGAAUAGAAAAGUCAACAAAAAGGUUUCAAUACAAAUAGAUGUAUUCAGAAUCCUCAUACAUUAUGAAUACAAAUAUACCAAGCAUAGUUCUUCAUUCUACUGAACCCCAACCCCUCCCAAAAAAAAUUAUUCCAUCAAUUAAUUAAUCAAUCAAAAGACAAUGUGAAAAGACAAUCACCAAUUCCUGUACAAAAUGAUUCAUUGAAAUCUUCAAACAUAUUAGCACUGUACUAAGCAUUCUGUGUGACACUUGAAAGUGAUAUUAAAUUGACCUUGUAUCUUGGGUGACCUCUGAAUACUAUUAUAAAUCCACAAUCUAAUCGUCAAUUAAACAGGAAAAUCCACCUCUCCUUUCCAUUUCUUUUGAGAAAUUAUCUUGUAUUGCAUCAUCUUAGGUGAAAGUUGUGUGAGAUGUCUUCAACUUUUGUGACAAAGGCCUCCUACCCUGUUACCUUAUCAAUGUAGUAAUAUGGCAUUCCAACAAACUAAUGUGACCACAUGCAAAUGGCUGCACAACACCCUUCCAUAGACCAGUGCUGUGCAAAAUUUAGUGUACAGAAUGAUACAAAAAAUUAAACCCUGAAAAAGAGACGUAGUUUUGCUAAAAAGAAUUUGCCUCAUCAGCUUUGUACAAAUUACAAAAUCCUUACAAGUUCACGUGCCCAAACAGACGUUUCUUUUGAGUGAUUGUGCUUCAUUCAUUAUCAAAUCGUUUGUGUAAAUUAAUGUAAAUUAUGCAUAAAAUGGCAAAAAUUAUGAUUCCAGUUUGCUAACUUUUGUAUAGAUCUUUAACCUUGACUGUUUUGUGUAAGGACAGUAUAACGUGGAUUUUGUUUACUAUUCAACUAUAGGCCUAUGUCCAUAUUGAGAGGUACUAUACUAAACCAGUGUUCGUACUGUCAAACAAUUCAUGUAUAAUAUAUACAUGUAGAAUGUUGCAUUGCCCAAUGACGCAUUUUUAUCAGAGGAAAGUCAUGUUUGCUCAUUCAGGACCAAUCUUGGAAUUGUUGUAUACGCGAACAUUUUUCUGUGUUUCUGAUUAUGUAAAAAUAGGUACAAGUGAACAAUUUGCUUGUUUUUAUCAUUGCAAGCCUCUUCAAAGUAUUGAUCGACACUAGAUUUGUUUGUUCCAAGUAUGAUCAACAUUCUGUUCAAAAACUGACAUU